GAUGGUGCGCGAAGCGGCCGGGAUGAACGGGCUGGAGGUCCAGCCGCCACUCAGCGCCCGCGAUCUCCUGGAUGCGGCGGCCACUUUCUGCGACAGCCGGAGCCUCUUCCCGACCUCGCAGGCGCCCAAAGUCCCGCAUCACGGCGGCUACGGCCUGGGCGAUUCGAGUGGCGGCGGCGGCGGCCCUUAUCUGUGGCUCAAUGGGGCGCCGAGCCCUUACUUGGCCGGUGCCAACGGUGCGUCCGGCCCUUUCGUGCCCUCGGCUACCUAUGGGACGGGCGCCCGGCAGCUGUUGGCCGCCCAAGUGGCGGCGGGACCCCCCGAGCUCAGCUGGCUGUCCCUAACGGGCCACCAGCAGGACUUCUUCAAGCUGGUGCGGCCGCCCUACUCCUACUCGGCGCUGAUCGCCAUGGCCAUUCAGAGCGCGCCGGCCAAGAGGCUGACUUUGAACCAGAUCUACCAGUACGUGGCCGGCAACUUCCCUUUCUACAAGAAGAGCAAAGCCGGCUGGCAGAACUCCAUCCGACACAACCUCUCGCUCAACGACUGCUUCAAGAAGGUGCCGAGGCUCCAGGACGACCCAGGUAAAGGGAAUUACUGGGUCCUGGAUCCCAACUGUGAGAAGAUGUUUGAUAACGGCAACUUCAGAAGGAAGAGGAAAAGACGGUCUGAUGUAGCCAGUGGGCCUGGAGAGCAUAACAAAAUGGAGGACAAAAGUAACAGUUGUCUUGUUCAGCUGAGCCCUGAACCUCGCAGCUUGGGCUCCGGUGAGCUGCAGUGCUCUCUGGGAUCUAGGAAUGACUGCAAAUCUCCCAGCCUAGACUCUAGCCAUUGUUUCUCCACAUUCGUCUCGACCAUGAACGUUGUGGCCCAUGGCCGGAAUGGUUUCCCCAGACAGCUUUCCGGUGGGCCGGUAUCGGAAUUCACACCCGGGAGACAAAACGGACCCAGUUUGAACUCCUGCUCUCCUUCAAAUGGCAUCCCAGCUUCAGCAUUUGAACUCGGUUCCCAGUCCCACUCCAGGGUGAAUUACUAUGCAGGUGUUGGUGGGCAGUCGAGCUGGCUCAACAGUCCUGUCCUGAGCACCUUUAGUGUGAAUAAUCUGAUUUAUAGCAGAGAAGGGACAGAAGUUUAA